AUGUCCGCCGUCGCCCAAGUUCAACAAGUCGCCAAGACCGUCGCCGUCUCCACCGGCAAGGUCGCCAACGCCAAGUCCAUGAUGAUCUGGCGCCCGCACGGCAACAAGAUGUUCGAGACCUUCUCCUUCUUGCCGCCGCUCUCCGACGCCGAAAUCGCCAAGCAAUGCCAAUACUUGCUCAACAACGGCUGGACUCCGUGCAUCGAGUUCGAAGAUGCCGAGCACGCCUACGCUGACGGCCACGGCUGGUCCAACCUCGACUCUUCCAUCAACUCCCUGUACUACGACAACCGCUACUGGGUUAUGUGGAAGCUCCCCAUGUACGGCUGCCAAAACACCGACGAGGUGCUCGCCGAAGUCAACAUGGCCAAGAAGUGCUUCCCGGACUGCUACAUCCGCGUUGUCGGCUUCGACAACAUCAAGCAAGUCCAAUGCGCUGGCUUCUUGGUGUACCGCCCGGCCUCCGCAAAGAUGUCCGCCGUCGCCCAAGUUCAACAAGUCGCCAAGACCGUCGCCGUCUCCACCGGCAAGGUCGCCAACGCCAAGUCCAUGAUGAUCUGGCGCCCGCACGGCAACAAGAUGUUCGAGACCUUCUCCUUCUUGCCGCCGCUCUCCGACGCCGAAAUCGCCAAGCAAUGCCAAUACUUGCUCAACAACGGCUGGACUCCGUGCAUCGAGUUCGAAGAUGCCGAGCACGCCUACGCUGACGGCCACGGCUGGUCCAACCUCGACUCUUCCAUCAACUCCCUGUACUACGACAACCGCUACUGGGUUAUGUGGAAGCUCCCCAUGUACGGCUGCCAAAACACCGACGAGGUGCUCGCCGAAGUCAACAUGGCCAAGAAGUGCUUCCCGGACUGCUACAUCCGCGUUGUCGGCUUCGACAACAUCAAGCAAGUCCAAUGCGCUGGCUUCUUGGUGUACCGCCCGGCCUCCGGUGCGGCGUGCGCCGUUGACAAGCGCCAAAUCCAAGGUUAA